AUGCACGACCGCGACUUCAGUAAUUCUUCAAGUCUUGCCGCAGAAGCGUUCUGGCGACGUUUGCGACAACCUAAGAGCAAGCAAUUACUCCGGGAGGACCUCCCACCCCUAUCAGGCUUCCUAGACGACAACGCCGGCCUUGGUGGCAGAAUCAUCAAGCCCAGCAAUGAGCUCAAAUUAAGAUGCACGGAGUUCGACGAAAAUGGGAACGUCACUUUGGUCAAUGGCGAGUUCCGCAAGAGCGAGUUGACGGCCAAAUAUUCUCUUCUCCCGCGAGACCUGCGCAAGAUCGACAGCAGUGUGCUUCCGCAUAUUCUGGUUCGACCCUCGGCGAUCUUGAUCAAUCUGCUGCAUUUGAGGUGUUUGAUCAAGCAUAAUCGCGUGCUGGUUUUUGAUGUGUAUGGUUCGACGGAUUCGUAUGCGCAGAGUCUUUUUAUGUAUGAUUUAGAGGGCAAGUUGAGGCAGAAGCAGCAGUCUAGUGCGGCUGGGGCUUUGCCGUAUGAGUUUCGCGCGCUUGAGGCGGUGCUUAUCAGCGUUACCGGCGGACUGGAAAGCGAGUUUGAGGGUGUGAGGGAGCCAGUUGUAAGAGUUUUGAGGGAGCUGGAGGAAGACAUUGAUAGAGACAAGCUGCGAUACUUGCUCAUUUACUCGAAGAAGCUGGGAACGUUCGAGCAGAAAGCACGACUCGUUCGAGACGCCAUCGAAGAUCUCCUCGAAGCCGACGACGACCUAGCGUCAAUGUACCUCACCGAAAAGGCACUCGGUGAAGAAAGAGACGACGAAAACCACGAAGAAGUCGAACUCCUCCUCGAAUCCUACCACAAAGUCGCCGACGAGAUCGUCCAAGUCUCCUCCAACCUCGUCUCCGCCAUCCGUAACACGGAAGAAAUCGUGCGCGCCAUCCUCGACGCCAACCGCAACAGCCUCAUGCUCCUAGAUCUGAAAUUCAGCAUCGGCACGCUGGGCAUAAGCGCUGGUAUGUUCAUCGCUGCGCUCUACGGCAUGAACCUCGAAAACUUCAUCGAGGAAUCCCACUAUGGCUUCUUCGGCAUCUCUGGCAUGUGCACCGCCCUCUCCGUCGUGGCUUGCUACUACUGCUUCGGAAAACUCCGCAAAGUCCAACGGAUAUCCAUGUGGGGCGAAGGCGGGCUCACGAAGGCCGCGAAGGAUCGUGCUUCGAGGGGGAACUGGCGAGAGAUUCACGAGAACCACCUUUCUGGUGCUGCGGCGGCUGAUAUGGGCGAUAAGCCGCUCGCGGAGGCGGUUGCGGGGAUCAAGAGGGCGGAUCGGUUGAAGUUGUGGAAGCAUGCGCAGAAUGAGCGGUUGAAGGCUAUGCAGGACGAGGCGAACCGUCAGACGCCGGUGCCUUUUGGGCCGUUGAGAUGA